CGAUGGUAUUUGGCUGAAUACAGCGGAAUUUUGAGAGUGAUUCUGGUAAGCAUUUUCCCGGUGAAUUCAUUUUGGUAUUCAGUUCGCCGGACAGUGGAUAAUCUCUCUGAUUCCAUCUCUAAAUCGGAUCGGUAAUCUUACGUGAGGUACGUAAAAUGGUGAUAGUGAUAGCUGCAUUGCUUCUCAGUGUUUUGUUGGGAGCUCUAUUUUUAAUCCCACGCGACCGAAAUGCACAGAAGGUCCAACUAAAUCCUAUUAACAAGUCAUCUAAAGUCUACUACAGUAAAGAUGAAGUCUCGGUUCAUAACAAGAGAACUGAUUGUUGGGUCAUUAUCAAGAACAAGGUGUAUGAUGUGACCUCCUAUGUUGAAGAACAUCCUGGAGGGGAUGCCAUCCUAACACAUGCUGGGGAUGAUUCUACAGAAGGGUUUUAUGGGCCACAACACGCAACUCGAGUCUUUGACAUGAUUGAAGACUUCUAUAUUGGAGAUCUGAAGCUGUAGCAUACAAGUAAUGUUUGAUUUUGUGCUGUUAAUUCGAGGACGUAUUUCACAUUUCAGAUCUGGAUUUGCCAUUGCAGGGAAUGUAUGUAAAGAUCUGAAUUAUCUAGUUAGCAUUCUUGGAAAAUUGUAACAUCUAUAGAUGGUGGACACUUAAUUUAAAUCUUCCCCUUUUUAGAUGUAUCUCUUUACAUUUUAUAUUAGUUCUUGUGGAUAUUCUCAUUUCCAAUUCGCCAGAGGGGAGAGACUUUUCAUUGUAGUCUUGUUUAAUGCCAUGGUUGAACUAAAAUCUUGAAGUUUCUAA